AUUCUAUCUCAUAGCAUUUGUCAAUAUUAUUCGGUCCUCUCUGAAAAUGAAGUGUUUAGUAUUAAUGGUGGCGAUAGUAUUCUCGGUUGGUUCAGCUGAGGAUCAAGCCCAUCAGGAAGAUGAUUUUGCUUCGAUAAGAAAAGAAGCAGUUGCCAAAUGUUCUAAGGAACACAAUAUAAAUGAAGGCGCAAUUAAGGACAUCUUGAAUCACAUUCAAGUGGCACAAGAUGAGGAAGUCAAGUGUUGGACAAAUUGCGUUAUGAAAUCUUUGGGAAUUUUGAAGGAAAGAACAAUCGAUUGGGCACGGCUGGAAGAUAUUUUGAACUCGGCUUCUAAGAACGAAAACAAGACUCAAGUCCACCUGCUUGUAGAGAUGUGCCGUUCCAAAGUUGAUCAAGCCGAUAAGAAUGAAUGUCAAGUUGCUUACUCUUUGGUGGUUUGCAAGAUUAAGUAUUGGAACCAGUUGGGCCUUCCUAAAGGAAACUGGGAAUAACUCCAUUACUGCUGAAAACUGUAGCUGAACCCUGGCAAUGGAUUCAUAAAUAAUAAAAACAGCACAUUGUACUUAUAUUAUCAAAAUAAAUAGAUUUUAUUAAUAUA